CCAGCACACCACACUCCCCCCUUCGACAUCCCAUCAUCACCAGAGUCGCUACUUUCCACGAUCUAGGUUCAUUUCGAGAAGCAUCCAGCUAUAAUAACAAGAAGAAUGUCGACCUCAGUACCCGAAACUAUGUCAGGCAGCUGUGACUGUGGCGCUGUCAAGGUCACCGUGACCGAUGUUCCAAUCGGUGUAAACAUGUGUUUCUGCAGCCAUUGCCGCAUCAACAGUGGGGGGUCGAGCCAGGUGGCAGUCCUCUAUACGUCCGAGCAGGUCAAGAUCGAGGAUCCGGAUUCCGUGCGGAAGGGGUAUACGAUGGAGGACACGAUGAGUGGGAACCCGAAGACGAAAAUAUUCUGUGGGACAUGCGGGUGUCACGUCUAUUCGGAGGGCGGACCAAAGGAAGGGCGGAUGUACGGUAUCAGGGGACCGAUUCUGGAUCGGACGCUCGAGACUUUGAAGCCAACCCUGCAGGAGGUAUUUGAGCACAAACGACCAAGCUUCAUGGGGUCGAUCAAGUCGGAGUAGGUCAGAUUCGGCAUGUUUGGGUUGUUGACGGAUGAUGGCUGUUGUUGUUAUUUCGAAGGGAGGGUCGGAUCAUCCAUCUUAGUCGAUUAUGGGAUACACCAUUUCCAGACAAAUGGACUACAUUAUCAAAGACUAUCAUGGGGCUCAUGAAUGGAGCGAUAAAAUAUUAUUGCUGUCUCCCCGCUCCUAGAACCGCCGGGAUAUCUACGAAUUGACCGCGUUCUGUCCGCAAACCACACACCUUCUGCAAGUGAACAGCUGAAACCCUCGGUUGUCCCAUAAAUGACCAUGUGUCCAAUCCAAUACGCGUGCGAAGGUGAUAUCAAAGCGCCAGUCUAUCAUGCAAGUACCAGGG